AAUCCACGGAGGUACAGUUGGGGAAGUGCUUGCCUUGCAUGGUUGUAUCGAGAGCUAUGCAGGGCAAGCGAGGACACCAGUCAGAUUGGUGGGUGCUUGCUGUUGCUCCAGUACUGGGCAUGGGCCAGGUUCCCCUAUUUGUGCCCGACAGUUGAGCGAGGCCCGCCAGUGGGUGCUUACGGUCCUCCAGUACGUGGUCCACUAUCCCUGAAGUGGUUGUGGGUCCCAAACAAGAAAAAUAGGCCCGCCCACAUCUUCAGGGACAGGUAUCGCGAGCAACUAGCUUCCAUGUUGCCAGACCAGGUGGUGUGGCAGCCAUAUGAAGCUCAUUUUGACGACCUCCCGCCCUGGUGUGUUGCAGGGAGGGCCGUAUGGACGGCAACGGUGCCGCUUGUAUGUUUCCACCUAGUAGAGAAACAUACACCGGAUCGUGUUGUUCGUCAAUUCGGGAUGAUCCAAGAAAUUCCCCGCGCUGUUAACACUGACAGAGUGCUUCAUGGCAUUGAUUUGAGGGGGAAGAUCGGUGUUAAUUGGAUGCAGAAGCAUGCUGCGCAUAUCCUUGAGUGGGGUUAUCGCUUUGAUCGGCGUUGUGAAGCUGUGCUUGGUGAUAUGCCUCCAGAGCACGAGUACCAUGACUGGUUCAAAAGGGUGACUCGGAGGUUCAUCGAUAGGCCUGGUGCUGUAGUGACUCUGCUGAUUGAAGGAUACGUCCGUUUAUUGAGGCGUCAUCCAGUGGGCACGGAGGACCACAACGACAUUACUGAGGUGUUGACGGCAGUACAGGCGAUGACACGUGUCCAACCUCCUAUCCCUGAGGCCCUGAUUGAGGAGGCAGCUAUGCCUACCGGCCCAAGCACGAGCACAGCUCCGGCCGGAUGUCAAUCCCGUCCGCCUGUUGCUACCCCUCAGCUUCUUCCUACCCCCGAUCCCUCUGCAUCCACCCCACAUGCAUCCGCCAACCCCACCAUCCCUUCAUCCACCCCACAUCCAUCCCCUACCGUCACCAUCCCUUCACCCAACCCAUAUUCAGCUCCUACUGCCACCAUCCCUUCACCUAGCCCACAUCCAGCCCCUACGCCCACCAUCCCUUCACCUAACCCACAUCUAGCCCCUACGCCCACCAUCCCUUCACCCGCCCACCAUCCGUCUCCUUGCCCCACCAUCCCUCCACCCACCCCACUUCCUUGUUCUGGGUGUGACGUCCGUCCACCCACCCCACAGUCAUUUCUUCAGCUGUCACCGAUUCCAUCCUUUGACCUGGGCUGA